AUGGAACGGAUACAACAGACAAGUUUACAGACAGACCAAAAUGCCAAAGACCUGCACGAGAUCACCAGACAGUACACUGGUGCACUCGACGAAGAACUGGGCACAGCUCUCACCUGUAAUAAGAGAGUCGUCUCUGCCACCCGAGGGGCUCACAAGAAGGUCACAGAAGGAAUGCACAAACUCAGAACUGACCUCAACGCAGAAUACACUACCAUGGCCGAAAUUGUAUACACCAAUUUAUACCUACCUACCACUAAAUCUCCAACUACCUACCACUCUAUCACUGCUGUUCCCGUUAACACGCUGUUUGCCGAUGCCCUUAACCGUUGCACAGCGGAUGAGCAUUUGACGGCGUAUGAAGACGCGUCAGCGGAGUGCAAUCAAAUGGCUAUCAAAGACUUGGAGACUGUGGCUGGACGAAUGGAUGUAUGUGGUACCACGACGAAGGCACAUCGCAGUACGGCCGAGGGAAUGGUCACACAACUCACUGCAGAUAUCAACGCCCAGAAAAGGUGUGUGACUGUGGCUAUACCCCAGGCCCACGAUGCAUAUGGUAUAUGA